AUGGACGUGAAGGACUUGGCCCCAGGCAAGUCAGUGCGACUCCACGACCUCAAUGCAGCAUGGCUGAAUGGUCUGGUCGGUACCCUCGUCCAGCUGGACGAGAGCAACGGCCGCUGGCAAGUGGACCUAGGUAAAGAUGUUGGAGUCAAGGCGCUCCAGCCAAAGAAUCUCGCACUUCACGCCGAGGAUGAGGGGGAGGAGGAGGAAGAGCAGGAGCCGGGCAAUUGGAUCGAUCGGCUCCUGGGUUCGGAUGGCCAAGGCAAAGGAACAAAGCAGUCCGACGAACUCGAUGAGAUCGAUGCUAUUGCAGAAGGGAUCGACGAGGACGACAUGCACGAUGAUAACGUCUUCGAUUCGAGAUUUCUGGAGGAGGAGGACAUAGAGCCAGAGGAGGAGAAGCCUGAUGAAACCGGGCCCGACGAGGCUCCGCCGGAGGAGGAAGAUCCUCAGGAGGAGGCUGAGCAGGAGGCCGAACCAGAAGAAGCAGACCCGGAGGAGGAUGAGCCACCGGAGGAGGAACGUGAGGAGGUUGAGGAGCCAAUGGAGUCUGAAGAGGUUCCUCCGGAGGAAGAUGACGACCUACACGCGGCGCCAGAAGAUGUAGAUCAGGAUGAGAACAACGAACACGAGCAUCCUGGAGAUGAGGAGUACGAUCCGGAG